AAAGUACUGGAGCCUCAGCUUCACGAUCUGCCCUUCCAGUGAGCACUCAGGGCUGAUUUCCUUCAGAAUGGAGAGGUUUGAUCUUCUUGCAGUCCAUGGGACCCUCAAGAGUCUCCUCCAGCACCAUAAUUCAAAAGCAUCAAUUCUUCGUGGCAAGAGCAUAUUUAUAUUUAUAUUCAAAAAAAACCAUGUCUUAUUGUUGCUGGGGAGCAGGGACGCAUAUGGCAGCCCAUUGGUUUUGUUUGUUUAACGUUUUAACAGAUAGCAAAGCAGAAUGCGUUUCAAAGCGCUUUCCACCGCAAGGUACUACAACUCCCAGAAAUCAUUGCGGCAGCCGGGAGAACGUUGGCCCGGGCGGGUCGAGCGCGCGAGCUUCUGUUGCUGAGAUUUCCGGAGCUGCGGGGACCUGGGCUUUGCUGCGAUCGGUGUUGCAACCGGCACUGCAGCGCAAGGCGCGGGAGCCAGGAAAGUGGAGGGAUCGGGGAUCCCAGCUCUCGGUGCAUCAUCGCGUCCGAGCGCCAUGCACAGGUAAAGGGCGGCUAGGUAGGGGAGCGGAUGCAGAGAAAUAUCAAGGGCGAGCGGAUCCCGCCGAAAGCUUAAGGCAGCUUGCGCGCGCUUUUGCCUUUCCUUCCUCCGCUAGGUUCUUCCAGUUAAAGGCUGCAGCCGUCCACACACAGGGUAGAGUAGUCCAGCUGCAAAGUGUAAGCCUGUAUGCAUAGGAUCGGGCUGCAAUUCAUUUGCAAUUCAUUUGCGGAUUGCACCAUCCCGCCCACAAUCUGCUAUUUCUGUAAACGCGUUAGUUUCUCUACAUUGAUAGCAUCCAUAAACAUCCCUGUUUAAAGUCCUGUCAUUCUCUGCAGUCUGCAAGUGCACAAAAGCUGUCACACUUCAGAGCUGUUGCAUUGCCACUGAGUGCCAAAGCUUGGUCAGGUUUUUAAAAAACAACAAUAAAUAUUUUUUCUGUACCUAAAGCUUAAUGGUUGUGAGGCUGCUCUGUGUGCUUUCUGGUGUGUAAGAAAAGGGGCGACCCUUUUCUUACACACCAGUGGAAAAUGUGCAUGUGGGAAUCUGCUCAGCAAAAUUUUUUUAAUUAGGAACAGAUUGUGGGGGACCCUCUAAACCCUAGAAAUUAAUAAAUUUAUUAAUAAAAUUAAUAAAUUUUGAUGGUUUGGGAUGUGAAGGGAGAAAUCUAAACUGCAAAGGAAUACCUAAGCUAACUCAUGCAAAACAACUUGGCCAAGCUAGGGCCAUUAAGAAACAAUACAAGGCUAUUGAGAGCCAUUGGCAGUGCAAGAGAACUGCCCUCCCCCCUGCCCUGAGUUGUGAAGGGGGGAUUGAAAGGUUGCCAGGGUUACUGUGUGUUUGAGGUGACAGGGAAAAGGGAGCAAGUGGUUCUGGGAAGAAGGCUGGGAUCCAUGUUGGGCAGGCUGGCUGCAGGCUGGCUUGGAGAGAUGCCUUGGCUUGGUCUCCAGGGCUGCACUGCUGUGGGGUACAAGCCUCUCUUGAAAUGACCAUGCUGUAAGAUCUGGACUCCCUCCAUGCACACUGAAGGUAUAAAUAGGUGAAUAAACCAUAUUUCUUAAAGCUACAACAGUCUCUGCUGUGUCUCAAUUCUCCAAAGGACCACGAACCCUGGGUGCGUGUCUGGAACCCCGUGGGCUCUUGCCACCGCGAGGCACCCGACUUUUGUAACAAUACAAAAAUACUUUGUGUGUGUGUCAUAGGCCUCAGAACACCUGUCUAAGGUGCCUGUGCAGUAGCUAUAUGCACAAACCCUUGAUUCCAUUUCUUCAGGGACUACAUGUUAUGGGGAUCAUGCAUACAUGUAUGUUGGUGUGUGCUGUCAUAUGUUACCUCCUGUGUGAAAUGAAAUGGAUGUUCUCAUGCACUAAGGCCUACUGCACAUUUGCAUGGGAUCCUAUUUUAUACUGAGUCAUCCCUUUUAGCCUCUCCUGCAUGUGUAGGCAAACUAAGGCCCGGGGGCCAGAUCCAGCCCAAUCGCCUUCUAAAUCCGGCCCUUGGACAGUCCGGGAAUCAGCGUGUUCUUACAUGAGCAGAAUGUGUGCUUUUAUUUAAAAUGCAUCUCUGGGUUAUUUGUGGGGCAUAGGAAUUCAUUAUUUUUUUCAUAAUAUAGUCCGGCCCUCCACAAGGUCUGAGGGACAGUGGACCGGCCCCCUACUGAAAAAGUUUGCUGACCCCUGCUCAGCUGCAACAGGCAGCAAUUCUCCAAAGUUCUCAAACACAAGCUUUUCUCAGUCCUGUGUCCUGAAGUCCCCUUAGCUGGAGAUGCCAGGGUUUGAACUCAGAAACAUCCAGGGUUAAAGACCAUAUUGCACCACUAACACAUCCCUCCCUCAUCCAUCUAUGAGUUCUGUCCAGCAACUCAGUCAAUGCAAGGGCUGUCCUUGAGACAUGUGAAACAAGUCAUCAAAAGGCAAAAAGGGUGAUUCCCUCCUAUUCAAAGCAAGUCCAACUAUUGACUUGCUAGCUGAAUGCCAUAUUGUGCAGUAUUCAAUGGGUUUGUUUUUGGGUGUGUUUUUGGUGAGCAGGCAGCCUAACAGUUUUUCAGGCUGUCUAGGACAUGUGUAAACGACCUGUCUAGUUUCAUACAGUUCUAAAAAAUGGAUCCCUAUUAUCUGCUCCCACCACCAUCUCGGCCAGUCCCUCUGGUACACCCAGUUUGCACAAGCAGUAAAGUCCUCAUUGCCAUAUUUUGAAGAGCAAAAAAGAGGAUGCUAUGAUGACUCAUUUAAAUACCCCUACUAUAUGUAGGCUAUAGAAGCUGUGAUAUAUUGUUGAGGGGGGCAGGAGAAGAGAAGAGGAAAGCAAGUCUUUAGUCAUCAGUUAUGUCUGUGUCUCAUGCCGAAAGAGAAGACAUAUCCUAGAAAAUUACGAUUAAUUUGACCACCAUGGCUGGAAUAUUUGACCACCAUGGCUGGAAUGUGUGACCACUAGCCUCCAGGAGAAGACCACAUUUCCCUUUCAUGCAAUUUUAGAAAACUAUAAUUUCAGAGGCUAUCUCUAUAGUUCCUUUUUCUGCCUGUGUUGACAUGUCUGCUGAAUUGCAACCAUGGCUUGAUACUAAGAGUGUGUCAAUCUGUGUCUGGGCCUUUUUAUUUCUUGCAGGAGACAUCUCCAGGAAAUUCCAGAUUCAGGCAGCAACGUCAGCACUGGUUUCACAUGGGGAUGGGAUCCCAGCAAGACUUCGGAGCUGCUCUCGGGCAUGGGAGUGUCUGUUCUUAAGGAUAAGCUAGGCAACGAGAACACCCCCCAGGAACUGCUCAUGUGCGUGGGACCACCCGCAAAACGGCAGAAAGUGAAGGAAAAGGAAUUUACUAUUGCCCGCAGACCUAGGCUGCUUCGAGAGGCAGGAGCAGGUAAAAUGCGAUAACAACAAUACAUAUUCAAGAUAUAGCUAAUUGGUAAUGUUAAAGAUUAAAUGGAUGCAAACCUUGCUAAAUAAAUAAAAGAAGUUGUUCUUUAUUUUGUUAAUUGCAAUACAUCUAAUGUCUUAAUUAUUUAAUUAUUAAGUAUGUGUUUUUAUUAUUUUUAAAGGAAGAUUUUAUAUUAUUUUAUGUCAACUGCUUUUGAUUAAGCAGCAUAUAAAUCUUGUUAAAUAAAUACAUUUACAGAGCCCUUGGAUGUGUGUGUGUGUGUGUGUGUGUGUGUGUGCGUGUGUGUGUAUAAAUAGGCUAAGGAGUAUAGGAGAACUUCACAGUUUGUGUGUUUUAACAGUAUGAAAUGUCUUUAUUUUAAAGCUUUUAGCCUUAAUAACAGUGUCCCCAUUUACAUUUUAUGUAUGGUAUCUGUUUUCCCAAACUUCUGCACACAGGAGUCUCUUGGGAUUCAUUGCCUGAUGAACUGCUUCUGGGAAUUUUCUCCUAUCUGUCCUUGACUGAUCUGCUGAAAGUUCCACAGGUUUGCCGGAGGUGGCAUCGCCUUUCGUAAGUGCUGGCUGAAUACUUAACUCGUAUUAUUUAUUUUUGAAUUUAUGCCCCAACUUUCUAAUAAUAAUAAUAAUAAUAAUAAUACACAAGUCAGUAGAGAGCAACUGACUGGGAUUGCUGCUAGCCAGUAGGGAAUGCUUGCAGGGGCUGAGACCCAAGAAUAUCUGUUGGACCGCAAGUUCCCCAUCUCUGCUUUAGUGCAUGAAAGAGGGCGUGCUCAGUAUGCAAACAAAAACUCUAGAACUCAACCAGAAUGCGAGAGCAGUGAUCUACUUCCAUCAGAAGUUUUAAGCAGUGAAGAGGAAGCCAGAGCUUUGCUAUCGGAAUUAGGCUGCAAUCCUUAAACUAGGGAGUGAACCCCAAUAGACACAACGAGGCUCAACUUCUGAGUAAAUAUGAAGAGGAUGCUGUUUCAAGAGCUUGCUAAUGGCAACACCUGCCGAAGCUUCCAGUUUGUUUUCUAACCACCCCACAAUUUUCCUCCUUUAGGAUUGACGAGUCACUCUGGCAGACUCUUGACCUCGCAGGAAAGAAUCUGCGGCCAGGUGUGAUUGGCCAUCUGCUGCCAUUGGGUAUAACUGCCUUCCGUUGUCCAAGGUCCUGUGUUGGCAACCCUUUGUUCAAAACAAGCAGGUAAUGCUGUUCCAAAUCCUCCUUUUUUCCCAUUUUCUUGCCUUGUAUUCAGGCCUGUGCUACCUACUCUCUUGCAAAAUCAUCAUCAUCAUCAUCAUCAUCUUUUAUUUAUACCCCGCCCUCCCCAGCCAAGACCGGGCUCAGGGCAGCUAACACCAAAUAUAAAACAAUUGAUUGAAAUACAACUUAAAAAACAAGAUUAAAAUACAACAUUAAAAUGCAGCCUCAUUUCAGCAGAAACUCAAAAACUUUUUUGGGGAUGAAAACGUCAAGUCUUCACCAAGGCUAACUAUCCAGACUGGUCCUACGUGGGCCAGAAAAAAGCCAGGGAAGUCCCCAAGUAGGAGUUCCGUCACAGAAGGAAAAAGGAAAAAAGAAAGAGGGGGAGGGGAUCAAGUUAAUUCCAAGCCAAAAGCCAGGCAGAACAACUCUGUCUUACAGGCCCUGCGGAAAGAAAUCAGAUCCUGCAGGGCCCUGGUCUCAUGAGACAGAGCGUUCCACCAGGCCAGGGCCAGUGUUGAAAAGGCCCUGGCUCUGGUUGAGGCUAAUCUGACUUACUUAGGGCCCAGGACCACUAGGGUGUUGCUAUUUAUGGACCUUAAGGUCCUCCGUGGGGCAUACUGGGAGAGGUGGUCCCGAAGGUACAAGGGUCCUAGGCUAUAACAGCAUAAAACCAUAAUAGUAGUUAUAUUCCACUACACCGGGAUCCUUAAGAGAGCUUGUCUACAUUUUGACACUGAGAACCAGUGUAGCAUUUUGUGUUGGAUGUGACAUUGUAGCAUUUUGUGUUGGAUGAGAUAGUGACUGGCCCAAGGUCACCAGGGAGCUUCAUGGACUGUUUGAAUCUCCCUGGCCUUUGUCCCAAACUCUGACUACUGCACUACAUUAAUUGAUGUUUCUAGAUUAAUGGUAUUUCAAUAUUAAUAUGCAUUAGCUUGUUGGGUAGCUCAUUUUGAAUCUUUUCAUUGUGGACCCCACAUUGCUUUAUGCAGCAAAAUGAGCUAGUGAAGGCUUGAGAUCUACCGAGAAGAAUACACCACUUCAGAUUGCAAAGAGUGUGUGUGUGUGUGUGUGUGUGUGUGUGUGUGUGUGUUCUUUUUUGAUUAUAUUUUAAAAUUGCAUUCUAAAACUCAUUUUGCUCUUCCCCAUCUCCCUGCUCCUCCCUUUCUUUUGUAGACCUCUUCGGGUACAGCAUCUAGACCUGUCGAAUUGUACAAUAAAAGUUGGAGAUCUCCAAAGUAUUCUGUGCAGGUGCCAGGAGCUACAGAACCUCAGCUUAGAAGGCCUUGAGCUUUCUGACAAUAUAAUUAAGUGAGUGGGCAAAAAACCAAUCUUUUAACCUUUUUGCACAAGUAGACCUUACCAAAUAAAUCUGUUCUCUUGGGAUUGCUGCAUUUUAGGCACACAAGAGUUAACAGAUGAAAGCCCCAAAAGCCCAGGAAGCAUACAAGAAUGUAGACCAAAAAGAAGAAGAAAUGUAUUUCAAAGAUGCUAAAACAAUGGAAUAGUUUAUUGUUGAAUGUACCCAACACAUUUUGGCAAUAAUGGCUUAUUGUCUCACUUGUGUACAGACUGAUCCCAAAAUCUGUGUUUCAAAAAAUCUUGCAGGGCCAAAACCUUUCAAAUUUUUGAAAAACAGGCUAAGCCAAGCUUGGGAAAUUGUAGUUAGCUUAAACUAUGGUUUGUUUAGGAGUUAGGAUCAGAAACCAUAGUUUAACCAAGAGUUCCUUUGAGGACAUUCCCAUCUCUUCCUCAGUAAUGGAGGAGAGUGGAGAGCAUGAGAGCUCAAAGCUCAUAGUUCAUUACUAUAGCACUAAACUGCCUUAUGUAGAAAUCAACCAGUGUUUGCCUAUAUCACAGGUGGGCAACUGUUUCUCUGUUGAGCACUACAUUCACUUAGGGAUACUCUUUAGAAGGGGAGAAGUCAGAGCCAGAAGUGAAUGGGGCAACCCUGUCUUUUCACCUGCUCCUUCCUCUGUACCCAGCAAGCUGCCAGGCCAGAGAAAGAUCACACUCACAGAUCUGAACUGCCAGCUUGCAGAGGGCUUUGGAAACAUUCUGGCUUCAGAACAUUGUAAAAAAGGUAAAGGGACCCCUGACCAGUCCAGUCGUGGCCGACUCUGGGGUUGCGGCACUCAUCCCGCUUUAUUGGCCAAGGGAGCCGGCCUACAGCUUCCAGGUCAUGUGGCCAGCAUGACUAAGCCGCUUCUGGCGAACCAGAGCAGCGCACGGAAACACGGUUUACCUUCCCGCCAGAGCGGUACACCUAUUUAUCUACUUGCACUUUAACGUACUUUUGAACUGCUAGGUUGGCAGGAGCAGGGACCGAGCAACGGGAGCUCACGAUUCGAACCACCAACCUUCUGAUCAGAACAUUGUAGUUAAUGCUUUAAAAUGUUUCCAUGUGAAGGAGUGCAGUGUGGACAUUGGAAGGUAUAUCAUCAGCCUCUUGCAGUUUUCCCUACUGCUCCCGCAGGUGCUGGUGUGGAGACUGGCUUUGUGCAUAGGCAGUUUAAUGUCUUAUUUCUUCUCACCUUUCAGAAAUAUAGCACACAACCCCUGUUUGGUGCGAUUAAACCUGUCUGGAUGCUCUGGGUUCUCUGCAGAAGCGUUGGAGACAAUGCUGGACAGUUGCCCCAGGUAGUAAAAGUUCAUUGACUUAUGCAAGAAGCAACAGUAGAUUUAGCACUGGCACAAUGCAGACAAACUGGAUAUUGCAGAAACUCUUAACCAAGAAAUCUGUUUUCAUUCUGCUGUCGUUCUGCUGAGCCAUAAAAUGAGUGUUAAAUAGUUUUGUGUAUACAGUGGUACCUCGGGUUAAGUACUUAAUUCGUUCCGGAGGCCCGUACUUAACCUGAAACCGUUCAUAACCUGAAGCACCACUUUAGCUAAUGGGGCCUCCUGCUGCCACCGCGCUGCCGGAGCACGAUUUCUGUUCUCAUCCUGAAGCAGAGUUCUUAACCUAAAGCACUAUUUCUGGGUUAGCGGAGUCUGUAACCUGAAGCAUAUGGAACCUGAAGCGUAUGGAACCUGAGGUACCACUGUAGACUGUUCUUGCUUAUUUCUGCAAAGUUUUCUGCAAAUUUUAUUUCUGCAAAUUAGUUUUUGCUCGACCUGUUUGUUCCUUUAAAGAAAUCAGUUUUAUUACAGGCCUUCAACAUAUAAUACAAUAUAAACCAAACAAAGCUAACAUCUAAAAAGAGCAGAAUAAUAAAAAGGAAAAGAGGUCACCCACCCAACUUGUUUGCUCUGAAUAGUCUUUUAAAGUCGACACUUAGUUCUGAUUAGGCUUGUUCAUUCACUUUCCUGGCAAUGAACAUUUCAUCCACUUAUUGGUAGGAACAAAUUAGCCCAUUUCUCUGUAAGCUUAAGAGCAAAUGCAGCUUUAACAACUGGUAUUACUGGGGCAAGAGGGAUUCUCAUUUGCCUUAACAACAUGACAGUGUACUGGAACAUAGGAGGCAGCUUUAUACAUAGCCUGGCAGUUUAUCCAUCUAGAUUAAUGCUACCUACACUGACUGGCAGCAGCUGUCCAGAAUAUCAGACUGGUUUCCCCCCAACCUUCCUAGGAAAUGUUGAGGCUUGGUCCUUCUGAAAGCCCACAAGCAGGACAGGAAAGUGAUAGCCCUCUCCUUUUGUUUGUAAGCAACAAUUUGGAGACAUGCUGCCUUUGAUCCUAUAGGUGAAAAACCAUCCUGAAUAAUAGCCCUUGACAACUUUCUCCUCCGUGAAUUUGUCUCAUGUCCUUUUGAAGCCAUCAGAUUAGUGGCCAUCAACAUGUCUUAUGGCAGUGAAUUGUGUACCUUCAUUAUGUGUGGGGAACACUUUCUAUCGAUAAACUUUGUUGUAUAAACCUGGGUGUGUAUUUUUUAAAAAAAAGUUAGUUAAGAUUUCCAUUUAUAUCGUGUUUGGGUUUUUGUUUCUUUCCGGCACCUAGAAAAUGGAUAGUGAAGCUGUGUCCCUCCAGUCUUUUUCUAGAUUACAAUUUCCACCAUCCCUGACCAUUGGCAUUGCUGGCUGGGCCUGAUGGGAGUUGGGAGUCCAGAACAUCUAUCUGGAAGGCCACAAACCCCCCACCAUAAUAAACAAAUAAUAAAUGAACAUGUGUCUUGAAAGUAAUGUUUUCUCAAAUUGUACACAGGUUGGAAGAGCUGAACUUGGCCUGGUGUGACUUCACAGUUGAUCACGUGAAAGCAGCAGUCAGCCACAUUUCUCCAACGGUAACACAGCUGAACCUCAGUGGAUACAGACAGAAUCUACUGAUGCCAGGUGAGAGGCCAAUUUCGGCUUGAAACCAGCUAGCUCAAGUAACCUACCAUCCAUACUUGGAAGCCUACUGUGCGAAUAACUCUAGUCUUCUAUUACAGUAAAUUUUAGGAAUGAAGCAAACUUGCAAGAAGGAACGUUUUAAGAUACCGUAUUUUUUGCUCUAUAAGACUCACUUUUUUCCCUCCUAAAAAGUAAGGGGAAAUGUGUGUGUGUCUUAUGGAGCGAAUGCAGGCUGCGCAGCUCUCACAGAAGCCAGAAGAGCAAGAGGAAUUGCUAUUUUCACUGCGCAGCGAUCCCUCUUGCUGUUCUGGCUUCUGAGAUUCAGAAUAUUUUUUUCUUGGUUUCCUCCUCCAAAAACUAGGUGCGUCUUGUGGUCUGGUGCGUCUUAUAGAGCGAAAAAUACGGUAAUAUGAAAUGUAUGCCUACAGCUGCAGGAAUGAGAGUAUUGAAAUGCGUAACUUUAAGGCAUUUUUAUCUCUAGGCAAAAACUGUACUGCCUGUUGACGUGUGAUGACCAGAUUGCAUUUGACUUUUCAUUUCAGAUAUCAAAACAUUAACUGAGAGGUGUUCCAGUCUAGUCCAUUUAGAUUUAAGGUAAGAAUUUGAGUGUUAACAACACACACACACCCCGCCCCAUAGUUGUGUCUCUGAAGUCCAGUUCUAAGGAAUAAAUCAAGGUCAUCAACACAAGGAUUCCUGCUAGUGCAAUGGGACUUUCCUGUGCCCUCCCCAAAUUUGCUCCAGAGAGUUGGGGGAACCCAUAGAACAAAUUUAUGGGUUAUGCAGUGGGCGGAGGGGGAGAAUGUUCCACUGUGCAAAAGUAGAAACCAUUGCACCAACAGAAUGUUUACAUAGCGCUACUUUCGCUACAGCCCAAUAGUACUACAGUCAUACCUUGGAUCUCGAACGCCUUGCAGCUCAAAUGUUUUGGCUCCUGGACGCCGCAAACCCAGAAGUGAGUGUUCUGGUUUGCGAACGUUUUUUGAAAGCCUAACGUCCGACGUGGCUUCUGAUUGAGUGCAGGAAGCUGUGCCUUGGUUGUCGAACAUUUUCAGAAGUUGAAUGGGCUUCCGGAACGGAUUCCAUUCAACAACCAAGGUACGACUGUAUUUUGAAUCAAAUCAUGUACCAAGUCUGAGUAGCAGAGCAGGCUAAGGGCUGCAUGGACUUGGGGUUCAACCCAUAAUGGUCUAUAUGUCAAAGUGGGUGUGCACAUUUAAAAUAACAUUCUGUUUUGAAAGUGACAGAUCAGGGGGUUUCAGCUGUCCAGAUUUACAGCAGGGGACUCAUGGGGAGUGAUCAGUAAAAACCUGUUUUCCCAAAAUUAAUUUUCUUUUUUUUAAAAAAGGAAUGGACAGAUUUGUGAGGCCACAAAAAAACACUUUGGCAUCGCAGGAGGGGAAGGGAAGCAUGUUUCCUGCUUGGCAGGGGGUUGGACUCGAUGGCCCUUGUGGUCUCUUCCAACUCUAUGAUUCUAUUCUAUUCUAUGAUUCUAUGAAAUGCCUGCAAGUUCCUGUGUGAGAUUGGGAGGGGUGGCCAACGCAACUGUUUCUAAGCAGGCAGCGAGUGCCAGUCUUGCUGCUCAAAGCAACUGUGGAGCCUCUCUUCUCCAAAGGAAAUCUCCUAUUUCCAUCAUCUACCCAAAAUCUGCAUGAGUGCAUACACAGCGUGAGGAACUUUUAAAUGGGGAUUAUUUUGGAUGUAGUAAGUGUCUUCUUGUGAUGCCCACUUGCUCCAAGCCACCUUUUAGAUGGAUGAGAGGUUGCCCUUUAGUGACAGAGUGCCCUCCAUAAAACGUCAGCUCCCAUAGACCUCCCUUCUUCCAAGCAGUCUCCAUAAAUUCAGUUUCUGUACAGAGUCUGGCUAUAAAAGUACUUGGGAUAACUGGAAACUAGUCUGCAAAACUAUGAUUGUGCUAAAUAUGUUCCUUUAUUAUUCUACUAACCUGCCAGGCUUAUAUAUGCAGAGGUUGGCGUUCUUAAAUCAGUUGCUGUUUUUCAUUACAGUGACAGUGUUAUGUUGAAGCCGGAUUGCUUUCAGUAUUUCCACCAUCUGGCAUCACUUGAACACCUGGGUCUUAGUCGAUGCUAUCAGAUACCUCCUGCAGCCCUACUGUGAGUAAUGUUAACUCCUUCAAGUCAAUAAAAGCAGAAGGUGUUAUUCAACUAAGUUUUACUUGGAGUAUACCUAGUGAAAAUAGUCUGCUCCAGUCUUCAAGCGGUGUGAGGGUCACUCCACUAUGUACUAGACCUUCUGCAUGAAAGAUAGCAAACAUGGACUGCAACUCCUUAUCAGCCCCAGCCAGUUUGAUCAAUGGUCAGGGAUGGGAACUGUAGUCCAACAUCUUAAAUUAGAUACCCCUGUUUCAGAGUCUGAUGUGGCGUUGUGAGUAGGAUCACGUGUGCCUCUGUGCAACCCCAAUUUCCAGGUAUCCAUCCUUUCAUGCAAGCCAUAUCUGCUCCCCACCCCCCACAAUAUUUGCGCUCUCUCUUCCUACUAGCUUAUCAGGGACAUCUCACCAUUGAAAGGCCUGCUCAUCACCUUAAAUCUUUGCUGCCAAUGUUUAUUUCCUAGCCUGUUGCACCAACACCUUCUCCUGAGUUGUUUUAUAUCUUAAAUCUGAGUAGAUGUAUAAGACUGUGUUAUUAAGGAACAUGUAACAAGUUAAUUGGGACGCGGGUGGCGCUGUGGGUUAAACCACAGAGCCUAGGACUUGCUGAUCAGAAGGUCGGCGGUUCGAAUCCCCACGACGGGUUGCUUGGUCCCUGCAACCUAGCAGUUCGAAAGCACGUCAAAGUGCAAGUAGAUAAAUAGGUACCCUCCAGCGGGAAGGUAAAGGGCGUUUCCGUGUGCUGCUCUGGUUCGCCAGAAGCGGCUUAUUCAUGCUGGCCACAUCCCUCGGCCAAUAAAGUGAGAUGAGCGCCACAACCUGAGAGUCGGCCACGACUGGACCUAAUGGUCAGGAGUCCCUUUACCUUUACCUAACAUGUUAAUAAAAGGGUGUCCAUAGGCCUGUUAUGAGUGCGUAAGUGCGUUUUGUCAUUAUUUAGUAUAGUGGAACCCAGUUCUCAUUGGCAUGUCAUCCUCCAAAUGUCCACUUCGUUAGCAAAGCCCAAACCACAAGGUACAUAUUCAUCAGUUUGCAUGCCUUGUAAUGUUGUUCGACAGAUGGAUGUUGGAGUUUCUGUAGCUUUGCUAACCUGUGAACCGCCUCCUGUUAUGUGGCAACCAGAUAUCUCAGUUUCUGCCUAAGGGGUUUCUUGUUCAUUUUAAGAGGGGAAGAGAAUGAAUAUUCAUCUCUCAGUAACAUAUAUAUUAACCAAGCUGUUUACAAGGAAUGGGGAUGCUGCAGAGCAGGGUGGGUUUGGGGUAUCUUGCCAUCCUCCAGUCUUUCUUUGUUUGGCACAGUAUGACAUGUACUGCUGUACCCUUAAUCCAACCCCCAAGAUCACAAACUCCAGAAACACUGCAAAGCAUUUGCUUGGGCGAGAACCCCCUUUUCAUGCAACCCAUUCUGUCAUCUGGUAGUAAAAUGGACCUUAGGCAAGGAUGGUUAGGGGCACAGCCUUUGCUGUAUGGCUCAUGCUGCUACUCUGUAUUUCAGAUCUGACAAAUUGCAUUAUCCAGUUCCCUGUGGUUCUAUUCACUUAACUUUCCUCUUUUUUUGUUGUUAUAGUGAACUUGGUGACAUAGCCACACUCAAAACACUCCAGGUUUUUGGAAUAGUGACUGCCAGCUCCCUUCAACUCUUGAAGGCAACACUUCCUCGCCUAAAGAUCAACGUCUCCCAUUUUACACCUAUUGCAAGGCCCACCGUUGGCUGUAAAAGGAACGAACAGAUUUGGGGAAUCCAAUGCAGACUGAGCUUGAAAAGUCCAGCUGGUUUUUAAAAUGGCUUGAAAGACAUUUUUAGCUACUACCAAGAGCUGUGAUGCAUCCUUGAAGGACGGUCGAGUUCAUAGGUUGUGUUUUAAUCUUGUUUUAUUUUGUGACACGCGCUGCAGUCCACAACUUCCUAACUGGACUUAAAUCAGUUUGUGUGCAAGUGCUGUCAAUCAUACUUCUGCUGAACUGUAUUAAAAACCUGCUAAUUAUGUACAAAUAGUUGACAUUAAGCAACAUGAACCCCAUGCUUUUCGAAACACUAUUGAAAAACAAGCUAAGUGUAAUUUUUAAAUAUUAAAAGGCUCAAAAAUUUUA